AUGGGCAACACAUUUGGAAAACUCUUCAAAGCUGAGAAGUUCAUCGUCCCUGGAGAAGUGAAAAGAGAAGAAAUCGGAGAUGAGGAAAGCCUACAGAGGGGGGAAAGUGGGCAACUGGACCCCAUUCACAGUGACAAUAGUUUGCUGUCCAGCUCUGGGGACAAUAGUGUCAUCCCUGGAGGAGUGAAGGGAAAACGUACGGAAGAUGGGGAAAUCUCACAGAGUAAGAAGCACAAGAGACUGGAACCCUUCCCCUGUGACAUUGAGAUGCCGUCCACUUCAAAGGCCAUUAGUGAGUUGGCAUCCACUUCAGAGGCCAUUCGUUUCAUCCCUGGAGGACUGAAGAGAAAAUUUACGGAAGAUGAGGAAAUCCCACAGAGUAAGAAGCACAAGAGACUGGAACCCUUCCCCUGUGACAUUGAGAUGCCGUCCACUUCAAAGGCCAUUAGUGAGUUGGCAUCCACUUCAGAGGCCAUUCGUUUCAUCCCUGGAGGACUGAAGAGAAAAUUUACGGAAGAUGAGGAAAUCCCACAGAAUAAGAAGCACAAGAGACUGGAACCCUUCCUCUGUGACAUUGAGAUGCCGUCCACUUCAAAGGCCAUUUGUGAGUUGGCGUCCACUUCAGAGGCAAUUCGUUUCAUCCCUGGAGGAGUGAACAGAAAAUUUACGGAAGAUGGGGAAAUCCCACAGAGUAAGAAGCACAAGAGACUGGAACCCAUCCCCUGUGACAUUGAGAUGCCGUCCACUUCAAAGGCCAUUAGUGAGUUGGCGUCCACUUCAGAGGCAAUUCGUUUCAUCCCUGGAGGAGUGAACAGAAAAUUUACGGAAGUUGGGGAAAUCCCACAGAGUAAGAAGCACAAGAGACUGGAACCCAUCCCCUCCAUCUUUAAGGCCAAGUACCAGCAGGUGCAGAAACUUGGCCAAGGAGGAUAUGGAUGCGUGUUUGCUGGCUACCGCAAAGUGGAUAAUCUACCUGUUGCAAUCAAGCGUAUCUACGUAGACACCAAACUCCACCUUUACCAUGAUGGCAAAGGGAACCAGAUCCCCAUGGAGGUCGCGAUCCUAAUGAAACUAGCGGCUGAAUCGGAGGGGCAUUCAGCACCCAUUAAGCUACUGGACUGGUACAUUGUCGACCCGGAGCUGAUCCUGGUGCUGGAGAGACCAAUGCCGGCCGUAGACCUCGGCAACUACAUUGAAACCAAAGGAGGCUACUUGAAGGAACUGGAAGCCAAGAUUAUCAUUAAGCAGUUGGUGGAUGCAGUAAUUGACCUCGAGCAGAAACACAUAUUCCACCGGGACAUUAAGCCGCAAAAUCUCCUUAUUGAGACCUGCAUGACGUUGCCGCGAGUUCGCCUCAUUGACUUCGGUGUGAGCUGCUUCUACAACGAAGGAGACAUCUUUAGCCAUUUUUACGGUACUCACAUUCCCCCAGAAUGGCAUACUCGGAAGGAAUACCAAGCCGGACCCGUGUCAGUAUUCCAGAUCGGGCUGGUCCUGUUCUUCCUGCGAAAAAAAGUGACAUAUAAACAGGGCAUGUCCUUUUUGGACCUGAGUAAGACCCCUUGGCUUUCCAAAGAUGGCAAAGAUUUCUUUGAGGCGUGCUUAUGUCCGGAUCCGGAUAUUCGUAUCACCCUGGACCAGCUGAAGAAUCACCCGUGGCUGAGAGCCAUGUUUUGUUAG